CUCUGCUUUUACACAAGCAGCGUGCCUACGUCAUCGCAUGCGCUGUAGCGUCGUAAUAUAUUGCAUCUAGCAACUCUGAAGCAGCCCGCCAUGCGAUGCAGGAUCGUCUGGCUUCGCUUAUUCUCUUUUCUUUUCUUGACGGAACACGUAUUCCCGAACAAACACAAUGUUUAUACUUGCUGACUUAAAAGACACGGUGAGAACUACACCAAAUAAUUUUAAACAAAAAUUAAAUGAUGUAAUCACUGAUGAAUUGAAUAGAAAGCUUGGUAAUAAGGUUUAUGUGAAUGUAGGACUUUGCAUUAUGCUAUAUGAUAUCACAAAAAUUGAAGAGUCACAUGUCUUCCCAGGAGAUGGAGCUUCUCAUACUAAUGUAUCAUUUCGUUUUGUUGUAUUUCGUCCAUUUAUGGAAGAGAUAUUAAUAGGAAAAACUCGUUUUUGUAGCGCUGAUGGUAUACAUGUUACAUUAGGAUUCUUUGACGAUAUAAUCAUACCACCACAUAAGCUACCAUAUCCAUCACGUUUUGACCAAAGGGAUCAAGUUUGGGUAUGGGAAUAUAAGACUGAGGAAGGAUCAACACAUGAUUUAUAUGUGGAUUUAGAGGAGUUGAUAAGAUUUAGGGUAGUGAACGAGAUCUUUACAGAGGAAACACCCAAGCCACCUGAUACAGUUGAGAAAGAAGAAACCAAUAAAGUAGCACCAUAUAUCUUACAUGGAUCUAUUGAUGAAGCAGGUCUAGGUCCACUUUUAUGGUGGGAAAAUGCUUAACUUUACAUCUUCAUAUUUUAAUGUGUCUUUAGAAGGUAAAUAUUAAAGUACAAUAUAGUUUGGUCAAUAAAUUUUUAUUUCACAGCACAUUCCAUCAUAUUAUCGUGUGUCGUCAUUAAAUGUUGCGUCUGUGAUCAUAGUAUCUCACAAUGUGACUCCACUUUCUGAUGCAACUUUGCCUGUGCGGAUAUAUUUACGCUCGGUUUUGAUUCAUAACAGAAUUAUCGGGUAUAAUUUGUACAAUAUAUACAAAGGUGUUAUAUGUGCUAAACAUGUGACAACACGUAUAAAUUAUAUUUGCUUGUGAAUAUCAAACUGCAUUGAGAAAGAGAUAGACUGUUUGUUGAUAGUUUAUAACUAAGGCUUUAACAGAAUAAUAAAUUAGAAUUAUUGCUACAAUAAUAAUAGUCAAUAUAUCACAUGAA